AGCCACCGAGGUAAGAGGAUGUUGUUCGUGCGUCGCGGCUUCACACCGCAGUGAGUGCAGUGAUGAUCAUGUGCUAGUGCGUGCAUACCCAGUUGUGCAAGGAAAUCGCCAUCAUGGCAACGCAGGACUACACCCCGCAUCUCAAGCGAGUGCUGCGCUCGUACCAGAGCACGGCCAUGACUAGUCUCCACGGGCCUGGCACCAUCUACCUGAACGUCGCGGGCGGCAGGGGCGUGAGCGAGAAGGUGGCCGACUUCGGCGAGGAAAAUAUUAAGUCUUUUAAGCAGUGCAUUAAGCUGUACGAGGACUCCCUCAAGAACAGGGUCGAGGACAGCCCCCGGCGGUGCGCUGCCGACGACGCCGAGUGCAGGCGAGUCCCAGCGCCGUCCAGCCCGCCCACGCGCCGCACGCCCACGCCCUCCGCACGAGAGCCGCCGCAGCCCGACCUGCCGGAGGGGAAGGACCCCGACGGCGCCCUUCCUUCGGCGGCGCCCCUGCGCUCCCCCUCUCCCCCCGCCCCCACCCCCGCCACCCCACCGCCCCCCGCCCCCGCCGACGCCCUCGCCGCCCCUUCCGCGCCCACCGCCGGCGCCGCCAGCAUCAAGGCGCCCGCCGCCGGCAGCGCCUCCGACAGCGCGGGCUUCGGCGGCUCGUGGGUAGAGCCGGGCGUGUUCCUGGCGCCCGCGCCCUUCCCGCCGCAGCCGUGGCCGGUGCUGGCGGCGGCCGACAAGGGCUCGCCGGGCUCGGGCAGGGGCUGCGAGGAGACCCUGCUGGACGGCGAGCCCAUCGCCUGCUUCAACGUGGGCGGCGAGCGGCGCCUGUGCCUGCCGCAGAUCCUGAACACGGUGCUGCGGGAGUUCUCGCUGUGGCAGAUCAACAACGUGUGCGACGAACUCCGCAUCUUCUGCUCGCGCUCCACGCCCUCGCAGCUGGACGCCCUCCGCGUGGCGGGCGUGCUGCCGCACACGGCCACGUCCUGCGGCCUCAUCACUCACACCGAUGCCCAGAGGCUGACGCAGGCCCUGCUCUACGCCCACCCCUCCCGCUCGCCCGCGCCCGCGCCCGCACAGUCGCAGCAGGCGAGUCCGCAGCUUCGGGUCUACCACACCUGCUUCGGGAAGUGCAAGGGCCUGGUGUGGGACGAGCUGUACAACUCCGCCAGCGCCGCCUGCAUCGAGUGCGAGGAGUGCCAUGGCCUGUUCCCGCCCGCGCGAUUCGUCUGCCACGCCCACAGGUCCCUCGAGAACCAGACCAUCCACUGGGGCUUCGACGCCGAGAACUGGCGCACCUACCUGCUUCUGGCCAAGGACCAGCGGCAGCCCCUCGAGAAGGCCGAGCUGCUCCUCAAGGCCUUCAAGAGCAAGUUCGACCCAGCGGGAGCCAACCACAAGCGCAAACAGGUAAGUCUGGCAGUCCAUGACUCAGCAGAAACGGCGUUACAGUAAGGGUAAGUUGGAGAGAGAGGCACGCAGACGCAGACACACACGCAGACAGACACGGGCACCAACAGAGAGGCAGACAG